UCUUUCCCAAAAUAAGUCAGUGGGAGAGGGAUCUCGGAGUGAGCCAGGGAGAUUGGAGCAGCGAGGUGCACAGCCCCUGGUUAUAAGUCCUGGGAGUGGGAGCUCUGCCUGCUUGGACUCACAGCCUUUAGCUCAAUAUACACUGCCUGCCUGACUGCCUGACUGACUUGACUGACUGACUGAGUCUCCCUCCACCGUUUCUCACUCUCUCCCCCUCUCUGUCCUGCUCCCUCGCUCCUUCCCUCCUACUUUCCACCCUGGAGAGCGAGAGCUCACAGAUUGGGAAGGUGCUCCUCAGACCUGCGUGUGGACAGCGUGAAGACAGCACUUAGAGGAUUUUUCACCCUCUCUUUCAUCUGCACUCUCACUUUUGCCAUCUCUGACAGAAAGCACAUGGAUGGACUUCUUUUUUUUGUUGGAGGCAGAAAAAUAAAAGUUGAGCAGACUCCACCUGCAGUUGUCCAGUUUUUAACUUUCUAGGCUGGGAUUUUUUUCCUGCAUGUGACCAAUUUUGGGUGCCAGCUGAGCUUUGCCCAGGAGGACAACACUCCUCUUUUUGCCUGCAUGUUCUUUGAAUAUCUGACGCUGUUGCGUCCCAUGGGAGACACGCGUGGCUGAAGCAAGGAGGGAGGUAGAAAGAGAUCCACCUGACGCUCACACCUACCGCUGCCCUUACCCGGUGCACCCCCCCUCCUCCUCCCCUGCACCUCGACGCUCUGAGAAGAGAAAGUUCUUUGUGUGUGACAUCUGAAGCCUGGGAUGCUGGUGACCAUGCUGUUGGCUCCUGUGUGUGUUCUGCUGAUGCUGGGUGCACGUGCUCUUGCUGGAGGCUAUCCCCCCAUACCUCACAUGAAGUACAUGCAGCCCAUGAUGAAAGGGCCGAUUGGACCUCCAUUCAGAGAGGGGAAGGGCCAUUAUGUUGACAUGCCACCCAUGAUGGAGGUGAAGGGGGAACCAGGCCCUCCAGGGAAACCUGGACCAAGAGGUCCCCCAGGGCCACCAGGACUUCCAGGAAAACCUGGUUUGGGAAAGCCAGGUCUCAAUGGCCAGACAGGUCCCCCAGGACCCUCUGGCUUCCCUGGAAUUGGUAAACCUGGAUUACCAGGUCUCCCAGGAAAGAUUGGGCCAAAGGGGAUGCCUGGGCUUAACGGGGAGGUGGGUCCUCGAGGUGAACCAGGCCCCCGAGGUCCUUCAGGGCCGCCAGGCCUCCCUGGACCAGCUGGUCUCUCUCUGAAUGGGAAACCAGGUCUUCCAGGCAUCAGAGGGCCCCCUGGGACUCGAGGUGAACCAGGACUUAAGGGCAUAAGUGGGCCGCCAGGUGAGCGUGGAAUUAAGGGUGAGAAUGGAAACGGGAAACCAGGGCCUACUGGCAUAAGAGGUCCACCUGGGCUUAAAGGAAGUUCAGGCCCACCUGGUCCUCCAGGUUUAGGCAAACCAGGACUAAGAGGUUUACCUGGAUUGCCUGGUCUUAAAGGGGAUUCAGGACUUCCAGGAGAUCGAGGAGAACCAGGAGAAGGUGGAGCUCCGGGUCUGCAAGGUUUGCCAGGGCCGGUUGGCAUUGGGAAGCCAGGGGUAGAUGGGCUACCAGGAGGAAUAGGUCCACAAGGUCCUAAAGGUGAGGCAGGACCUAGGGGUAUUCCUGGAUUUCCUGGGACUCCAGGCUAUGGAAAACCUGGCCUGAAUGGACCAAAAGGAGAUAAAGGCCAUAGUGGAUUGCCUGGUCUCCCUGGGGACAAAGGAGACCAAGGAAUGGUUGGCCCAACUGGGGAGCCAGGGCUUGAUGGACUUCCAGGAACACCAGGACUUCAAGGCCCAAUGGGACUCCCAGGGAAACACGGAAUGCCUGGACAGAAGGGCGAGCUGGGGCCUCAAGGUCCUCCAGGUCUGCCUGGUCUCAGAGGUGACCAAGGCCCAAGUGGACUCUCUGGAAAACCUGGCAUACCUGGGGAAAAGGGCAUCCCUGGUCUUCAAGGUGCCAUUGGAAAACCUGGACCUAAGGGUGAGGCAGGACAUAUUGGCCCACCGGGGAAUCCAGGGCUGAUAGGUAGCCCAGGUCCUAAAGGAGAGUCAGGGUUUAUCGGGACUCCAGGCCCCAGGGGACAGUCAGGCAUCCCAGGUCUUCAAGGCCCAAUGGGUCCCAUGGGGCCACAGGGGGUUCCAGGACCAAAGGGUGAGCAAGGACUUACAGGGCCUCCAGGAAUUGGUAAGUUGGGAGAGAAGGGAGCUAUGGGUCCCCAAGGUCCUCCAGGAAAACCAGGCCCUUCUGGGAUCAAUGGUAACCCUGGCCCACCAGGGCCACCAGGGCCCCCUGGUCUUCCAGGAAAUGGCCAAACAGUGGUAGCAGGACCAACAGAUUCUCAGCUGGAAGGGGGUGAGGUACCAGGGGACCGUAAGGGGCCUGCAUACAGUCAAGUUCCCCUCUCUGCCUCUGUGGCCCCCGCCUUCACAGCCAUUCUCACCACACCUUUCCCUCCCUCUGCCAUGCCAAUCAAAUUUGACAGGACCCUGUACAACGGGCAAAACGCCUACAGCUCUGCUACUGGCAUAUUCACUGCUCCUUUAUCUGGUGUCUACUACUUUGCAUACCACAUGCACGUAAAGGGAACUAGCCUGUGGGUGGCGCUGUACAAGAACAAUGUACCAGCCACUUACACCUAUGACGAGUACAAGAAAGGCUACAUGGACCAGGCGUCCGGUAGUGCCGUCCUAGAGCUGAAGGAGGGGGAUCAGGUCUGGGUCCAGAUGCCAUCAGAUCAGGCGAACGGCCUUUAUUCGACCGAGUACAUCCACUCUUCCUUCUCAGGAUUCCUCCUCUGUCCCACAUAACCCCGCCCCCCUUUUAUUCAAACAUGUUCCUGUAUAGGCACCUCAGAGCAGCCCUUAACCUUAAAUACCUGCAGCCAUAAUAGAAACACAAACCAACAGGAUUAUCUAUGUUAUCACCUUCAUCAAUAUCCGUCUCACCCUCAACAACAUCAGCAAAAGAAAAGACAAACUCUGUGAAUGGAAAAGUUUGAAAAAGCAGGGGAAGGAAUUUCAUACUGUGUUCUUUGUUUUAAUGUCCUUCAAAUGUGUGUUUUGGGUUAUAUUUUAUGUUGGUGUUUUUUUUUAGCUUAUAUUAUGUUAAUUAUUAUAUUGUCAUAAUUUUAUUGUCAUUACUUGGUCCUCGUCAUCAUUGGCGUUGUUGUUUAUUAGAUUCGGACAAAUAAGUGCCUUACUUUGUAAUGUGCUGGUGACAAACCCUCCCAUGUGACUGCACAUCCUGCCCUAAUGCUCUGACAUCACGAGGACGCCAUCGCCAGACCCUGGGGGGUGAUGGGUUCCUGUGGCUGCAGUCACAUCCUCCUCAUGUUUUUACCCAGCCUGUUAUGGCAAACCAUAUGCGUGCAACAGCUAAAAUUUGGUGCUAUCAUCAGUUCUCUCAUUUCUUGACCUUUUAGGUACUCUUAACAGUUACCACCACCUAUUUAAAUACAAUUAAACCCCUUUCUUUAAAGUAAGAGAUAUAUAUUUGACACUUAGUUAGCAAAAGCAUCAGUAUUUUCCUAUUUUUAUUCUAAAUUAGUGAGCAAUUAUUAAAAAUAAUGGAUGUUUCUCUUUCCAAUACUUUGAUUAGUUGUCAGUACAUCCAAUGUAAAGAGAGAAUGGGUAAGACCGCACGGUGUUAGAGUGAUUAAAGUAAAAUGACCCUUUUAAAGAGGAUCAGAAAAGACCUUAAGGUCAGGGGUGUCCAAAAUAUGGCCCGGGGGCCAAAUGCGGCCAGAAGUCCAUUUUUGAUUGGCCUGCAGCAAAUUCUAGAAAUAAAGUGAAAUAUGGCCCACAUGAGAUAAGGAAGCUUAAGCUCGGCUGUAUUGUACUUUUUAGUUUCAGCACUAGGCAGUGCUACCAUGUUGAUUCUGUAAACAAACAUUUUGACAAGAAGCGAACUUUAUUAAUAAUGUCCUGGUUGAUUAUUGAAGCUAAUAGCAGCACCAAUAGCAUUUCAGGGACGGAGCCGGUGGUAGCCAGAGCCAAACAGUGCCCCCUGAAAGUGACUGUCUAUUUGCCUUGCCAGCCAUUAACAAGCCAUUUAGGUGUAUUAAAUCGUAUUGGAUUAGUCUUACUUACUUAAACAUCCUCAAGGCAAGGAAUAUGAAAGUCCCCGCCAUCCUUAUAUUUCUGUAUGUGUGCCUUGGUGGAAAAAGUUUGGACAACUCUGCUUUAGGUGAACUUCAAAAAAGGGCUGAUGCAUUAAUUCAAAGUUUACAUGCCUUAGAAUACACAGGACCCACCGAAUGUACAGGAAGGCCACAGCUAUAGCUUGAUUGAUGGCCUGUUUCACUCAUUGAUCCCUUACAGGCGGACCAUUUCAGAUGCCCUGACCCUGAUGUCACUACUUUGAAAUGUCUCUCACAAUAGUGAGAAAUCCAUGGAAGCCCUACUCUGAACACAUUACAUAAUCUGUGAACAUGCUGUCAACUUGUUACUGCUUUGAAAGAAACAAAAUGGGAGGCAACUGUGAAAAAUGCUCACUUUUUCCUUCAAUGCAAGCUUCUAAGGCUGGAUAAAUAAUACAGAAUAUCAGACCUCUCAGCAAUCAGAGGGGCAUGACCCAAUUUGAGGUUGUUUUGCAAUAAGUUGUUUGUCCAAAUAAUCCUCAAGUGUGGUGUCAACGUGAUUAUUUAACCACACCUGACUGAGUUGGAACCUCCCCUAUCUGGAAUUGAGUCCAGGUUGGGCUGCCUCAGAUGGGAUGCCCACAGUUGUCAAUAAGAGAGAGCAGGCAGGGUAGCAUCACAUGCUGGCAUAUGUUGGAUGCUUGUACAGUUUAAAACAUGGGUGUGAACACAACUAUAGCACCUAUAAAAAGUAUUCACCCGCAUGGAUGUUUUACCCUUUUAUUUAUUUUAUAAAUAAAUCAUUGUCAAUAUGCUUUGGCCUUUUUUGACAAAGAAAAAACUGAUUUCUACAAAGUAAUACCAAUAGAAUACAAAUAUGUGCUGUAAAAUAAGUGACUGCAUUAAUAUUCACCCUUUCUUUACAAGCCGUCCAGGGAUGCUGGCAAGAAGCAUCCCCACAGCAUGAUGCUGCCACCACCAUGCAUCACAAUGGGGAUGGUGUGUUUAUGAAUGGCCAAAAAGCACCAUUUUGGUCUC